UAAUAUAUGAGUUAUUACCAUAUUUUAAAAAGUUUACCAAAAAUAUAAAUUAACAUUAAAUGCAAUUAUAUAUUUGGUUAUGAUAUCCACAAAUCGGUUCAUAACAGCAAAGCACGGGAGAGAAUACUAGUGGAAACUAAAAGAAAAGCAAGAAAAAAUCAUUACUUGAACGACAAAGAAAUACAAGACCGGUUCGGUUUAAGAGACACACAAACGACACCGUAUAAGUAGUAGACAUCGUUAAAUAUUAAAGGCCGGUUUGGUUUAAAGUGGAAAAAUAUAACCGUUAGAAAAUGCAGGCUGAGCGGUUCAAAUUCGAAACAAUCGAACCAAGUUUUAAAAUAUAACCGUUAGAAAACGUGUCUUCAGUAAACGCCUCCGUUAAUCAAGUAUAGACGCGUUAAGAAUAAUCGUGUGCGUGUCAAUUUAUUUCCACAGUUCCUCUUUCUGGGAAGGAUUCUCUCGAUCGAUUCUUCCAAAAUUUGCAAAACUGGAAAAAAAAUCCGAUUGCAAUCUUAGAUUAAUUUUGUUUUGAAGGUUGAUUCCGCCUAAAACCCGAUGUGAUUGUUUGGGCUCCUCUCACUCGUCAUCGUUGAGAUGAUAUAUUAUCGCUUGGAGGAGGAAACCCACCGGCCUUUUAGUUGCUGCUUUACAUACCUCGAAGCUUACUCCGCAUGAAACCAUCGUCACCAAGGUAUGUGCUUCAGAAGGUGUUCAAAACCAAAUUGUUCAAGAUUUUGAGGAGAUUUCAAGUGUAGCGGACUUUUGUGACAGGUAUGUGCUUUUCAAACUUGCUUGUAAUUAGUUUCUGAAAUUCAAACAUAUGUGAAAUCAAGAUUAAUUUCAUUUCCACUAGACACGUGCUUGAAUAAGCAUCCAAAAUUUUAACAUAUUUAUGUGUUAGCCUUUAUACUUAUGUGAGAGCUUGAAGUAUAUAUGCCAAUAUUGAUUUUCUCAGGUAUGUGCUUCUCUUAUGGAUGCCCAAAAAAGAUUUUUCUAACGUUUACAGUUCUUUGGUGAAGUAUGGAUUUAUCACCCUCUUUAUAUUGUAUAACUUUGGAUUUGAAUCAAUGUUUCAGAGUAACCACAUCUCUGUUUCGUGAAGAAAACACUGGUCACUUGAAAUUCUGCAGGUCUAUUUUCUUCUGCAUCAACCGAUUUCAAAUCCUAAUGUGGUGUAUCUCAAACCUCCAUACUUGGGUUCUGCACAAUCACUUAAAAAUACAAAACAUACAUACAUAGGUACAAACAUGCAUUCAUAUAUACGUACUUUCAUACUGUAUACAUGCAUAAUUGCUUACAUACAUCAUUGUUUAUUUGCUUUCUUGAUUUUUUGUUUGAUUCUUCUGCUAACUUACUUGCUUCUUUAUUUAGCCUUUCAUUCGUACUUCUUCCCUUGCUUGCUUUCUUGAUGUCCUGCUUCUUUAUUGACUUCCUUGAUUCAUUGUUUCACUUCUUUACUUGCUUUAUUGAUUUGUGCUUCUUUCCUUCCUUGUGUGCUUCUUUCCUUCCUUGUGUGUUUUCUCUUCCUUGCUUCCUUAUGUUUUGUUUUUGUUCCUACUUGGAUGUGUUUUUGCGUACCUGGUCGUUUAUAUAUAUUCUUUUGCGAUUCCUUACAAGCUUCUUCUUUUUUUCCAUCUUUGAUCUUUGUGUCUGUCGUUCUGUGGAAACUUAUUGCUGAUAUCCAUUGAUAAACAGCUGAUUUUAUUUUUUAUACUGGUACAUUUAUAUUUUGUGCUUAUGUUGACAGCAAUAAAUAUCGUUUGGAAAGUAAUUAUUAUAUAUAUAUUCUAUGUUUGUACAUCAUAACAUCUCUCAUUUUAUGAAUAGAUAUAUCUUGGAGUUUAUAUAAAUAUUUAUCUCUUUUGACUAACAAUACCUAUUAUCUAUGUUUUGGUGCUUGUGUUCAUUUAUGAAAUGGAUGUAUCUUUGGAGUCUCUUACAGAUAUCUACUUUGGAUGCAAGUAUGACUCAUGUAUAUUUUGGUAGAAUUUUCCUUGAAUCUGGUAUGUACUUGCUUUGCGUCAUGCUUGAAAUCCUUGGUGAUUAUUCCAAAAUAUUACAAUGACAUGAUCCUCACAAUCUAACUGGUUGUUAUUUGAGUAAUGUUAGAAUUAUGCAUCAUGAUUCUUACAUUUGUGAUUAUUGUGUAAUUUUUUCUCUUUAAAAUGUGUAUCAGUUGACUUGACUUUUAUAAUAUAAUGCUUGGAAAUAUUUUCAGUUAUGGUAUUAGACUAGUAUCUCUCACUUUGUCUUAACAUAUAUAGUUGAUUGGAACUUGGUUUCUUUCUCAAAACAGAGUUCAUUGUCUCUAUGUUUUUUUCUACUUGAAUCUUUUUUAAGUAAUGUUUACUGCUGUUUGCCAAAAUGGACAAUUUAAUCUCAGCAUGAGUUUUGUUGAUAAACAAUGAUUUAUAUAUUUUUUGGCUUUGUGUUAAGAUUACAAGUUUUUUCAUGUGAACACAUUUGUUUGCUUAUACGACCAUUUUGGUCAUUCUCUGUUAAGAUUAUUUUUUAUCAUGAUAUCCUCGGUGUGGUCGGAUGAUAACCAUUUUUCAUCUUAAACUCUUGUAAUGGUUGGUGUGAUAAGAAAAUAUAAAAUUUAUUGAGAAUAGUAUUUAUGUACGUGUAUCCUAAUCUAUACCUAGUUAAGAAACUAAAAGUCAAAAUUAUAUAAUAAAAAUAGGAUUACACGCAUAAAAAUUAUAUAAUAAAAUUUUCUCAUAAUAAUAUACUACUUAUUGUUAAUGACUUUCAAAUUAUGCAUAUCAAGCUGUCGCUAGAAAGCAUUUUACCUGGAAGUAGGUCACAUAUACAAACGACCUGACUCGUUUUGGACCAUUGUUUACCAAUUGGCAAUUACCCUACCGUUGAAAAUAGAUAAAACGAAAUACGAUCAUGAUUGUAAGAAAGAAACGACGUCGUUUUAUACGAUCACAUUAUCGGUUCAUCUUGUGAUAAACUUUUUCAAAAAUAAAUCAAAUAACUAACUGAAUAGCUAAUACAUUUUUAUUAAACUUAAAAUCAAAUUUAAAAAUGUUUAAUAUACACAACUAAACACAUAUAUUUCAAAUUUAAUUGGUCUUUUACGUUAAGAUUUCAAAAUCAAACCCUAAAAAUAUCAACAAUAUUAUAUUACUGAUUACCAAAUCCUAAACCAAAAAUUAUCAUAACUCAAUCUACAUUCACUUAUCUAUAUUGAAAAUAAUUCAAUCGUAGUAAAAAUAAAUUUACAUCAUUUAGAAAUGUUUAUAUUUACAUGAUUUGAAUUUUUUUCUCUAUCAAAAUAAAUUUUAUAAAUAAUUUUUAAGAUCUAAUAUAUGAGAAGAUUUUAGAAGACUUGAAGAUUUCACUUUAAGCGAAAAACCUAACAUAUCAGAAGACUUCCCAAAAAGUUUCCAAACCCUAACCUAAUCAAAUAAUUAACUAAAACGCAAAAAAAAUUCAUUGAAAUUACAACCAACUUAUAAAGUAUUUAAUAUGCAAAAAACUAAAAACAUGUAGGUCAAUGUUUUUUAAAGUUAAGAUUCCAAAAUCUAACCAUUUAAUACAAACAAUACUAUAACAUAUGUUACCAAAUCCUAAACCAAAGACUAUGAUUACUCAACCUAUAUACACUCAUCUAUGUUAAAAACAAUUCAAUUUUAGUAAAUAUAAAUUUACAUAAUUUAGAAAUGUUUAUAAUUACAUGAUUUAAAUUUUUUUUUCCAUCAAAAUAUUUUUAUAAAAAUCUUAAAUUAUUUUAAAGAUUUACUGUACGAGAAGGGGGUUGUAAUGGUAAAACUAAACACAUGUUUUUUGUAUGGUCAUAAAGAGGUUGUUGUAAUUUCAAUAGACUUUAAGAUUACUUUUGCAUUUGAUUGAAUUUUGGGUCUAUUUUUGUAUUAAAAUCAAGUUUUGAGUCAUUUAGGCAAAUUUCUCAAUUUUCAAUAUCGUAAAAUAUACUAAUAUUACUGAAACUAGAGGAAUUCCCUAAGAUAGCUAUUUUUAGUUUAUUUUAACAAAAAGAACCCCCAAUAAAAAAUGACAAAAAGUUUUAUUGAAUAGUAAAUAUACAAUUAUAUUCUUAUGGUUAACAAACAUAAGACAUUGGGUUUAGAGUUAAGAGGUGAAGUUUUGGAGGUAGAGUUUAAAAUUAAAAAAAAUAGAAAAAUAAAUAGUAAAAUAUUUAAAAUAAAAAUUUUAUUUUUUUUGUCAAAAUGCAUUUUCGAAUUUCUAAAAGAAUUUUUGAAAAACAAAAUAACAAACUAUAAAAAAUUUCUAAUUUGAAAACAUAUAAUUCAAAACUAUAAAAAUUAUAUUUUUCAAUUUUUAUUAUUUAUAUAUGUAUAAAACAAGGGGUAAAUGAGUUUUUUGUCUCUUUAAUGAAACAUAUUUUGAUCAAGGGGUAAUAUUUAUAUAUGUAUAAAACAAGGGGUAAGAAAGUUUUUUGUCUCUUUAAUAAAACAUAUUUUGAUCAUUUUUAAAACUUUUUUUGUAAUAAAAACUUGAAAAAGCUAUUUAGGAGAACUGCCAUUGAAACUAACCGAAAGUACCUAAAUUAUUCGAAAAUUUGGUAAAAAAACUAUCCAAAUUUUCUUAAAGUAUUUAAAUGUAUCUAAUAACAUGAAACACUCAAAACAUACUAUAAACUGUUCAAAUUAUCCAAAACUAGUAUUAUGCCAAAUGCUAUGCAAUAGAGUCAACAUAAACAUAUAAUUUGCUUUAGGCAAACCAAAAUAUAAUAAUUUUCAAAAAAAAUUAUUUAUUUUAUUUUAUCAGAAAUUUGUGGAUCCAAUUAAAAAUAUGCAACUCAAAUGUAAAACAUUAAUAUUCUUUUUUAAAAUACAAAAAUAUUUUGUUAACAAGUAAUAAGCAAUAAAAUGAAAAUUUCAUAUAAUAAACAUUGGCAAAUUAGAUACAAAAUUUUAAUAAUAAAAGUUUUAAAUUAACCCUCGUUAUGAGAGAUAAAUGGGGUUGGUGGGAGUGAAUAUAAAUAUUUUCAGACUUGACACUCUGUAAAGGAUAUCAUUUUCCUGGACUUUUCUCAUUCUGCAAUUUGAAAAAAUCCACCAAAAUAGUAAUGAAACUAUGUUUUAAUAAUAGACCUGAAAUAAAAAUUAAGAAAGCCAUAAAUGAAUAGUAGUUCCGACAAAUCCAUAAAAACAGAGAGAAAUAGAAAUUACCUCUUUUGAUAAAGAAAUUGAAGGAUUUUUUCCUUUGAAGAUUUUAUAGAAAAGUUAAUCAACGUUAAAUGGACGUAGAAGAUGACUGCUAGAAAGUGGAGGAGUUAAAUUGGGGAUAGUGGAGAUGGGUGAUUUGUUUCCAUAUAAUUUUUUUGAAAAAUGAAGUUACUCGAGAAAAAUUAGGAAAAACUUUUGGAAAAAUCAAAUAAAAAAAAUUUGAAUAUUCAAUGACACAUGUCAAACACACAAUUUAACGAUUUGCUUUUGCUUUAUAGUAUAAAAAAAAAGACACAUGUCAAACACACAAUUGACAACUUACUUUUGCUUUAUUGUAUAAAAAAAAUGACACAUGUCAAACAUACAAUUUACAACUUACUUUUGUUUUAUAAUUUUUAACUAGGAUAGGUCCGCGCUACGCGCGAAAUGUGAUGUAUUGGUUUUUGCUAAAUUUUUUUAUUUUUUGUAAAUUUUUCUUUUAUGUUCAUUUGGUUGUGAGUGUGAUUAUGUUAAUCGAUAAGUGUUGUCUAUACCAAAUUUCAAUUAUAUAACUAAAAAUAACAUGUGAACAUAAUCAAUCUUCUAGCUGAUUUGAUUGAAAGUUACAAAAUUUCAUAGUGUUAUAAUAUUCAUAAUACUUACCUAAACUUAAACCUUGAGUAUUAUAAAUUAAAUCAAACGAAAUUGAUUAAAAGAGAACACAAUAGGAAAAUUUUGUUAAACCAUGGACCGUGAAAGAUAUUUAUGAGUCUUAUGGAGCGAGAGGUUGAGUUUUGCUCUCUUCUUCUUCCUCUGCAGUUGAAGAAGGAGAUCAAGCCUUUUAUAUUAUGUUUUUCAUCAAUUGGAGUUUUUAUAUUGUUUUUUUAACAAUUAGAUAUAAGAGCACGAGAAAGCAAACAUUUGUGGAUAAAAAAGAAGGAUCAUUGGCAAUUUUGUAAGUUUCAAGAACUAUAUUGCUUUCUCAGUAUUAUCUUUUUUUUUUUAAUAUUUAAAUACUUAUUACGUGGCAGAAUAUUAUUGGCUAAAGGUUUUCCGGCUGCUACACACCGGUUUUUCGAAUAUUCUUUGAAAUCGUAAUUUAAAUCCAUGGUUUACUGCUAAUAUGUUUCUUAAGCGAGUUUUGUAAAUUUAGGAUAUUUUCAAUGAUAUUUUUGAAGAAUGGAUUAAUAAAUAUAUUAGUUUUAUUUGUUCACUCCCGCAUCACUGAUUUCGAGAUUAUAAAAAAUAAGUAAAAUUUGAAUAUAUUAGUUUUUUACAUAUAUUAUAUUUUGAAAAUUUAAAUGUGGAUUUGUUUUGUUACACUAAAUUUCUAGUAGAGAUCAAUAAAAAUAUAAUUACGUAGAUCUAACAUAUUCUCAAGAUAAACACCUUAUAAUGGAGACCAUGAAAUAUCAAGUAUAUUUUACUUAUUCCAUUUGACAGAAAAUAGUUCUACAAAACAUAAAUAAGUGAUCCAAUAUACUUCAAUAUCAAUGAAACAUAGACCUUAGAACAGAGAAAAAAAUAAUAAUGCUUACCUUGCUUAUACUAUUAGUCGGUACAUAGUUUCACUUGGAAUUCGUUGUACUUUUUAAAUAAGCAUCCAUGAAGCCACCUUUAAAUUGUACCAAAAUAGUUAAUAUGCUUCUAACAUCUAUAUUUUGUACUUGUUACUGAUUUCACUCCAUUAAUAUUUCUAAGUUUAUAAUUUACACAUCAUUUGGUGUAAAUGUAUGUAUUUUGUAGCUAUAAAUUAUAUAGUCUAUUCAAGUUGUAGAUAUGAGAAAAUGGACCAUCACACUCGUUCACAACUCUUAACGUUUUGGAUCUCAACACUUCCCCAUACACUUGCAAACCAAAUUGGAUGGAUCCUUCCAUGUCCUUCUGAAACUCAUCCAUUUUGUGUUAUUCAUUAUCCUAUAGAAAUCUUUGUUUAUAUAAGAUAAUAUUAAUGUUUUGUCCGCGCUUCACGCAAGAUAUUUAUUAAUUUUGUCAUAAAUAUUCGUUAUUAUAUUAUUUCAUAUGUUUUAUAAUAAGUGUCAUUUAAAAUUUUUGCACACACAUUAAAAAAAAUAUAUUAAAUUUUCUACAUAGUUUUGCUAAUUAAUGAGUUAAAAUAAUGGUAGAACCUGGAAACUAAAUUUUAUUAAUAUAUGCAUUUGAAAAGUAAAACAAUAUUUAUAAUGAAAAAAAUUCAAAACUUAAAACGACACUUAAUAUGAAGCGGAGGGAUUAUAAAUUAACACUUAAAUGUAUGGUUUAACAAAUUCUAUUUCAAUUAUUUCAAUUUUUUUAAGGUUGUUGCCAUUGCUGUCAACGACGAUAUUGUUGAUGCACAAGUAAUCAACGCUUUUGAAGCUUAGAUAUAUAUUUUUAGGAUUAUGUAAAUAGUUUGGUUUUAUUUUUUUAAUUUUCUAUUGGUUUCUUAAUUUCCUAGUUUUAACUUAAUAUUGUGUAGUAUUUUGUAAAUGAAUAAUAUUGUUUUAAAUGUUUUUUGUUCAAUGUAGUUAUUUUUUUGGGAAUUGCAACUAAUACCACUUUUCAACUUUACAUUAACCAACUUUACCAUUAAAAUUUUAAUGAGUAAAGUACCAUUAUACCCUUAUCUAAUCAAACAUAAACAUAUGUCUUCUCCAACAAGAAUUUUCAAAAUCUCCAAAUUGAUCGACGACUCCAGCGAGAGAUUCGACGAUUCCGGCGAGAUUCGACGACUCCGGCGAUUUCCCCGGCAAAAUUUGAUGAUUCCGACGACGUUGACGUCCAACGAGAUUUGGCGAAGACUACAAGCUCAAACGAACAGAACAAUCUCUCUUCACGAACGCGUAACAAAGGUCAGAGGAUAAUAGAUUGUGAUUUUCGUCUCUUUUCUGUAAUUUUUGCUUGGUUUCUCAAAAUCGAUCGGUUUCUGGGAAGGAGACGAAGUUUUUCUCAUGAAGUUUUCAAAUUUCAGAUUUAUAAAACCUUAUAAAUUUUUAUCGAUGAGAAACAUAGUGUUAUGUAUUUUUCUUUUUGAUAUAUCUUUUGAUCAUUCCUUCUCUAAUCCCCAUGUUCUUAUAAUCAGGUUAUGAUGAUCGAAAUAUGUUCUACAUGUGGAGAAUGAAAACUGAUAAAUGGAAUUCACUGGGAUUUCAUAGUGGAUGAUCAACGAGGAUCCUCUCUUAGUAUGAUUCAUGAAGAUAUCAGCUACAAUGAUUUGAUUGUGGCUGUUUUAGAAGAUUUUGGAAUUGAUGGUAACAAAAACAGUGCAAAUCUUAGCUAUGCCUCACCUUCAAAAUUAAACUUUGGUAUAAAAGAGCUUCCUCCAGCAUUUAUUAGGAAUGAUCGUCAAGUAACAUCUUAUCUGAACAAAUUUAAAGAGAAUGGAAACCUUCAUCUAUGUGUAACCAUUAAGGUAACUGCAUGAAACUCUUUUGCUAACUUGUUUGUUUAUUAGAGUUAUCAGUUAUUUUAUAAGGUAGUAUGUAGUACUAAUGAUUUGCUCAUUGCUGGAGGAAGUAUGCCAUAGCAGUAUCUAUUACAACUUUUACAUUUAUAAGACCUUUUAAUAAUAAUUGUGCAUUUUGGAGGAUCAUUACCACAUAUAUUUUAACUAUUAGCUUUUAUGUUUUUUUUAAUGUUUAAGAGAAGAACUCAAUUAUCACCAAUAAUUGUGUCAAAUAUGAUCCAGUCACGGGGUGAAGUUUUAAUUAAUCAUGAUUUGCCUAUUGCUGGAAAUAGUAAUCCGUUUGAGGUAUUUAUUACAACUCUUAUAUUUAUAAGGCCUUGUAAAAACAUUAUAAAUGAUUCUAUAUUUAGCUUUAUCUUUUUAUGUUUCAGAGGGAAACACAAAUAUCACCAAUGAUUGUGUCAAAUAUGGUUUAGAUACAAGAUGAAGUGUUAAUUACUAAUGAUUUGCCUAUUGCUGGUAGUAGAAAUCUCUGUCAGAGAGGAACACAAAAAUCACCAUUGAUUAUGUCAAACAUGAUUCAGACACAAGAUGAAAUUUCCAGUACUCAUGAUUCGCCUAUUGCUGGAAGUAGUAAUGUAUUUGAGAGAGGAACAAAAACACACCCGAAGACUGAAUGGAACAGCAUUCAGAGAGUUGACGAAGUCUCUGGUAUACAACAUACUCGUAUUAGAGACAGUCGUAUUUCUCCUUCAAGUGGUCUUGUUAGCAAUAAGGUACAUGUAACUUUUUCCUUUCUUAAAUAUAAAUAUAUAAGAAUUUAAUCAAUGUCAUAUAAUGGGUUAUAAAUUCUAUUUUUAAUGUACAUAUUUCAUGUUUUUAUCUUAGAGAGGAUUGGACUCGAUGGGACUUGUUCUAUAUGGGUCUGGAAAGUCAAAAUUGACAUCUUUUUCUAGUAGACGUGGUAGAGAAAGCAUGGGAUAAGAUUCACAUUCCCAUUCCCAUUCAGAUAUCUUGUCUCCAAUUUGUUUAACAAAUCAAUGUGAUGAUGAUGAUGAUUUGUUCUGCGGGAAGUUUUUCAAGGAUAAAAAGGAAAUGAGCACAAAGUUGAGGUUGCAUGCAGUUAGUAAAAGCUUUGAGUUCCACACAGAAUAUUCAGACAAAACACGUUAUAUUCUUAGUUGCGUGGAUGAAAAAUGCAGUUGGAGUUUUCGUGAAAAAUUACUUAAAGGAUCUCAGAGUUUUUUUGUUCGCCAUUAUGUAUCUAAACAUACUUGUGACACUUCUCUGAGAAGUGUUAGUCAUUGGCAAGCUACUGCAAAACUGUUGGGAACUAUGGUCAGCAAUCAUUAUGAAGGAGGAAAGAUUGGGCUGAAACCUAAAUAGAUCAUGGAAAAAGCUAGAAAAGAUCAUGGUGUUGUGAUUUCAUAUUCAAAGGCUUGGAGGUCUCAAGAGCACGGCCAAGAUAUAGCUAGGGGUACUCCUGAUGACAGUUAUGCAGCUUUGCCUAUCUGGUUUCACAUGAUAAAAGAAAAGAAUCCAGGUUCUGUGACUUUUAUCGAAGUUGAUUCUGUUGGAAAAUUCAAAUACGCAUUUUUGUCGCUUGGUCCAUCUAUCAGAGGGUUUAAGUUGAUGAGGAAGGUACUUUCUGUUGAUGGUGCCCAUCUGAAAGCAAAGAAUAAAGGGACUCUACUUGCUGCCACAACACAAGAUGGUAAUUUUCACUUGUAUCCUAUAGCUUCUGCUAUAGUUGAUUCUGAGAAUGAGGCCUCAUGGAGUUGGUUUAUGACAUGUCUGAAAACCAUCAUUCCUGAUAAAGAAGAUUUUGUUUUUGUCUCUGAUCGUGCAACCUCUACUGAAAACGCUCUUUUACAACAUUAUCCGCUUGCUCACCGUGGAAUUUGCGUCUUUCACUUUGAAAAGAAUGUCCUAGACAAUUUCAAGAGUUCAACACUUAUCCCUUUGGUUGUUGAAGCUGCUUAUGCCUACACCAAGGAUGAUUUUGAUUGCUAUUUUCAUGAGAUUGAUCCGUCCGACAUUGUAUUAGCAGAUUAUCUUCGUAAAACAAACUUCAGGAAGUGGUCCCGAGCUUAUUCUCCUGCUAAUCGCUUCAACAUCAUGACGUCAAACUUGGCCGAAUCUAUAAAUUCUUUGCUGAAAGUGAGUCUUGAGUAUCCAAUAGUCUGUCUUUUUGACACAAUUAGGAUGAUAAUGACUAGGUGGUUCACUGAACGACGUGAGCAAGGAGUUCGUCACAUCCACCAUGUCACUCUCGAUGUGGGGAACAAGAUGAAUAAGCUAUAUGAUUUUACGUCUCGCUUUCUCGAUGUUUCCAAAAUCAAUGAUUCAGAGUUUGAGGUUAAGGGAGAUACAAGAGAUCAAGUUGUGAAUUUUCAAACAAGGGAUUGUUCAUGCUUUGUGUUUGAUGUUGAGAAGUUUCCUUGUGCUCAUGCAAUUGCCGCUGCAAAAGCUGGAAAUAAGCAUGAAAAUAAUUAUGUCGAUGAGUUUUUCUCCAAUGAAAGGUGCUUUCUCUCAGUCAUUGUGGUAAUACAUUACCACGUUUAUAUAUGUUUAUAUAAUUGAUCGAAUUUAUACGGUUUUAUAAACAUUGUUCUACAACACUUCUUUUUUCAUUUUUCUUUCUUGGUUGUGCCUUUAUCUAAUUCUCUUAAUUUUCUUAUUAGGUUUACACUAGCAUAUUCAGAGAGUGUAUAUCCUGUUGGUGAUAAAGCAUAUUGGGAUAUUCCUCCCCAUGCAGCUUCGUUUGUUUGUCGUCCUCCAUCUGCACACUUUCCUAGUGGCAGGAGGAAAAAAAAAGAGGAUACCAAUUUCGUGGGAGUAUGGAAAAUAUCGGCCCAUAUCCAAACCAUCACCCAAGUCUUACAAAUGUAGCAGAUGUGGACAGAAAGGACACAACAAAGGUAGUUGUGUGGUGCCUAUUUGAUAACAGAGUAGUAUAAAAACUUGUGUGCAAUUGAUUAUUUUAUAUGAUGUUAUAAGAG